AUGUUGAGCACCAAGAACCUUAAAUCUGUGGACUACGAGGUGUUCGGCAGAGUGCAGGGUGUCUCUUUCAGAAUGUACGCGGAAGAGGAAGCUAAAAAGACCGGAGUGGUUGGCUGGGUGAAGAACACCCGCCGAGGAACGGUAAAAGGCCAAGUUCAAGGUCCUGAAGAACAAGUCAACUCUAUGAAGAACUGGCUAAGCCAAAUUGGGAGCCCCACUUCUCGUAUUGUUCGGACGGACUUUUCCAAUGAAAAAAUCAUCUCUGAACUUGAGUAUCCCAAUUUUAGCAUUAAGUACUAG